AUGAAAGUGAAUCCAAAAGUCCCCAUGAACGUCGACGACAAGUUGACAGCUCGAUUAGUUAGAGACUCGCUUGUUAUUACACACUCUACAACGCUCAAGCAGCGGAGACAACGUGGACCGUGCAAGCAUCCGAAUGUAGGCGGUUCACUCCCAGGGAUAGCAGAGUUAAAGAGCGUGUUUGCCAUCGUUGUGAUGGACGCAAUCACGACUCUGAAAAGUGUUGGUACAAGAGCACCACUUGCCGGGUUUGCGACGUUAGAGGCCAUAUCGUCAAAGCUUGCAGGAAACGGAAGCAAUCUGGCCAGAAGUAUCAAGCGAGAUAAGGCUCGGAAUUUCAGAACCGCAAGCAAGCAUCGAAGUCGACGAAACCCAGCCACCAAACGAAUCAAGUCGAAGAAGACGACGAGGGUUGACAGACCGACUAGCCCACGGAAGACGCUGGGUACCAAUUAUACUAAGAGAUACCCCCAAUUGUUUCAGAAGGGAGUUGGAACACUGAACGGAUACCAAGCACGCAUGACACUAAGAAAGGAUGCACUGCCAAAGUUCCAUAGACCGCGACCGGUACCCUACCCCUUACACAGUAAAGUAGAGGAAGAACUGGACCGUUUGCAACAGAAGGGAAUAAUUCGACAAAUUAACAGAAGCGAGUGGGCAUCACCUAUUGUAAUUGUAAGGAAGGCUGACGGGUCAAUACGGGUAUGUGGUGAUUACAAAGUUAGUGUGAACCCUUACCAAGAGACGGAAUGCUACCCAAUGCCUAAUCCGCAAGACCUGUUUACAACCUUAGCAGGGAGAAGAGUCUUUACUCGUUUAGACAUGAAACAGGCAUACCAACAAAUGAAGAUUAGCCCAGACUCUCAGGCAUACUUGACAAUCAAUACUGGCAGGGGACUCUUUGUGUAUACAAGGAUGCCGUUUGGAAUCACAUUUGCACCUGCUAUUUGGCAAAAGGCCAUGGGUGAAAUUUUAGCAGGCAUUCCAGGAUGCAUAUGCUACUUAGAUGACAUACUGGUAGUAGGAGGUAGCCAGGAGGAACAUGACCAGCGGUUAGACAUUGUGUUGGACCGACUGAAUAAGAGAGGUAUUCGACUAAAGAAGAGAAGUGCACAUUCAACACUUCCGAAGUGGAGUAUUUGGGGGCACCUAAUUAGCGAGAAGGGGCUCAGACUAUUGGAGAGUAAGUAUCAAGAAAUUAGAGAGGCUUCCCAACCACAGAAUGUAACUCAAUUAAAGUCAUACUUGGGUUUACGCAACUACUAUGGUCGAUUUUUACCGAAUAUCUUAACUACCCUCCAACCUUUGUACAAACUACUUCAGAAGUCUACGCCAUGGAUUUGGAAGAAAUCACAACAAGAAGCUUUUGAAAAAAGCAAAGAGAAACUAUUGAAUUCGAGCUGCCUGAUGCAUUACGAUUUGGCGAAACCAUUACGACUCAAGUGUGACGCCUCGCCAGAAGGAUUUGGGGCUUGUUUAUGCCAGAUGGAACUGAACAACCAAUUGUAUUCACAUCCAGAACAUUGUCUUCAACUGAAAGAGUUUACUCUCGGAAUAAACAAUCAAGAAGCGGACAUGCUCUCCAGACUUCCACUGCCUGUGGAAGCGAUUGAUCCUAACGAAAUUACGUACCAUAUAAAUUACUUGGACACUUUGCCAGUUACAGCAGACCAAGUGAAACAAGCCACGGCCAAGGAUCCUAUCCUUAGCAGAGUAUUGAAGUAUACUCUUGAGGGAUGGCCAACCAAUGGGUCGCCUGAACUACACAUUUAUGCCAAGAGGUCAACCGAGUUAUCUAUUACCGUGGGAUGUCUAAUAUAUGGAGGAAGAGUAGUGAUUCCAUAUUCACUACAAAAACAAGUAUUGUCUGAACUACACACAGGACAUAUAGGAAUGGUGCGAAUGAAGGCGACGGCUAGAAGUUUUGUGUGGUGGCCUGCCUUGGACAGAGAUGUUGAGAGAAUAGUCAGAUCAUGUUCCACGUGUCAGGAACAACGCAAUAAACCUGCAAUUUCAACGCCAACUCAUCCUUGGAUAUACCCGGAAGGUCUUUGGGAACGUGUUCACGCAGACUUUGCGGAGUACGGAGGAAGACACUACUUAUUGUUAGUAGAUGCGUUUUCAAAGUGGCCAGAGGUCCAUGAAUUACACAAGAAUACUACUGCUUGCCAGACAGUAGAAUGUAUGAGAAGAACAUUUGCAACUCAUGGAAAACCAUAUUGUAUGGUAACUGACAAUGGACCUCAAUUCCUAUCAGAGGAGUUUAGUGAAUUCAUGCGCUCAAUUGGCAUCCACCAGCAACGUACCCCACCAUAUCACCCAUCCACGAAUGGACAGGUGGAGAGGAUGGUACAGGAAUUAAAGAAAAGCUUGAAGUCUAAGCCAUUGGAGCGAACAUGGAGUCACCAAGUGUCAUUGUUCUUACUUCAUUAUCUGACUACCCCACACGGGACGACUGGAAAGAUUCCGGCUGAGUUGCUGAUGAAACGUUCUCUUAGGACGAGACUGAGUCUGUUGAAACCGGAAGCUGGGGAAAAGAUACGAGAUCAUCAAAGAGAAGAAUUUAACCAGGCUACAACCAAUGUAAGAGAAAUGGGUCCAGGAGACACCGUUUCUGUCUGGACUCCAAGAAGGGAUGGUCGAAGCAAAUGGCUCGCAGGAAGAGUGACACAACGACUGGGACCAACAUCUUAUUUGGUAAAUGUAGACGGACACAUAAGAUACGUGCAUAUUGAUCACUUGAUAACAAGAGAUGCGACCAACACACAAGUGAUUCUGCCAGAAGAACCGGAUAUCUUGCCAGCUACAGUUGUACCAGAUUCAUCAGGACCCGUGUUAGAAGAUCCUACACUUCCAACAAGUACACUUACACCUACGGAGACUAAAGAUCCAGUCACAGACAAUGGAGCAACUGAACCUCAGAAGGAAAUCAGUCAAAGGAGAUAUCCAACUCGAGAGAACAGACAGCUAUCUCUCAGGUAUCGCAAAAACUAA